AUGCAAGACGUACGUCGACACCGCCGCAGCGCACAAGAACAUCUUUUAGCGCGAAUGGAGCGGGCUAAGUGCUUCAAGGUGGUCGAUGAAGUCUAUGGCACGCUUGGUCUUCUGGAUGAGGCGAUAUCGAAAGCCAUACUUCCAAACUACGAUAUACCAGCUCGUGAUGUCUUCAUUGCUUUUGCAGAAGCCUGGAUCCAGGCCGAGAUGAAUUUGGAGCUUCUCAUCCAUGGCGGUGAGACUGGCAACGGAGACGAGUGGCGAAAAUUGGACGAACUCGAUUUACCAUCUUGGGUACCGGAUCUCAGGAAGCAGACUAUGGUUCAGUACAACGUAGCGCAUCCAAAGCCCCACGCGGCUGGUAGUCAGCGAGCCUCCUUCACCUUCCUUGGAAAUUCUGUAUUGUCGACCCAAGGCAUCAUUUUGAGUGCGAUCGAUGGAUUGAGUGAGCGACGAUGUUGGAAUGAGGAUCCAGCUGCUCUACAGAGCAUCGUGAACGCAAAGCAUGACGCCAAUGCUUACGGAAGUGCUAGCGCAUUCCGAGAAGCGUUAUGGCGAACUCUCGUUGGAGAUAGGGAUUACCAAGCGCGCUCUCUCGUAGAUGAUACACUCCAGUCCUUCCUGGACGUUGCCAUAUUCGACGCUCCAGCUCCUACUAAAGCGCAAUACCGAAGCGAUCACAUCGACUAUCAAUCGUGGCUCAAGACUAAUGCUUCUUUUGUCCUCGGUGGAAAACCUCUGAAACAGCAUUUCUUACCUCUGAAGUCAAUUGAACAUGAACCGGAUGUGUAUUACAGCUGUCUGCGUUGCUUCUUUCUCGGAAAUCGAAAACUUUCCGUCACGGUAAGCGGACACAUCGCUCUCGUAUCGCAGGCGGCCCGCGUUGGCGAUGUCGUUGCGAUUCUCUUUGGAUGCAGCGUUCCUCUCCUCCUUCGCCCUGUUGAACAUAUGUUCAGAGUCGUUGCGGAAUGUUAUGUGCAGGGUGUGAUGCAGGGUGAAUUGGCAGCUCUUGUCCCACAGGAAAACCCUGCAUAUCUGAAACGCGAUAUACUGCUUUGUUAG